AUGGCUUGUUGUCUAUUGCUUUCUUUCAUGAUAUCCAUUCCUGUUGCAAACGCUGCUGCAACUGUUUCGGACAGCAUACCAGACCUCAUCGACUCAUUGCAGUUCCGCAACUUCGACGUCGUGCGACUCGACCAGAACUUCACGAUCUCGACCAUUUCGUCGAUCUACAACGAAGGCUACACGUACAUGGGUCAAGGCAGUUCGUCGUUUCACAUCAACGGUCUGCCCUACUUGUUUGAAGUCAAAACGUCCGACGUCAAACCGAAUGCGAGCACAAUCGAGGUCAACACCGACUUUCCUGGCAACGAUUACUUGCACGUUCCGACAUCGUCGAGCAUGGAGAACUACAGACAGUGCGAAGCUCGCUGCGACGGAGACGAAAAGUGUUUUGCUUGGGUGUUCGAGCCGAAGAGCGGAUGCUAUCUCAAGUCUGCGGUACCGCCGAGAGUAUCCAAAGAGGGUGACAUGUCGGGCUGCAAGAAAGGCGUUUUGGAUAAAAAUUGUGGCAACGCCAACGUAACUCUAUCAAGCCCACCGUCGGGAAUGCGUUCUGCGGUGCCCCUGGGAAGUUACAAUUUUCUUCGUUUCGUUCCCAACUUCCAGACUUAUAACUGUUUUCUUAAAGGGGCCGGCUAUCACGCGUACGUUACAGACUACAUUUCUGUAUGCAAACGUGCUUGUCGUGAGAAUGACAGUUGCACUAAUGCCGGUUUUGACUUCAAUUUGAACUUGGAAGGAAAAGUCGAGUGCGAUGCAAGUAUCAUGACUGGCGACAGCAGUUUUGGAGCCAUUGGAGCUGUAGCUGGUGUAAAGAAUCCUAUAAAUGUUGCUGCCAAACUUCUGUUGGAAGAGAGGAAAGGCACAAUGUCACUUGGCCGAGUAGCACCAUUGUUUCUAGUUGGAGAUGGAGCUAGACAAUAUGCAAAAUCCUACAGUCUAGAGAUAAUCAAUCCAUCGGACCUCAUAACAGGAGACUCCAUGAGUUGUUAUUUGAAGUAUAAAAAGGCAUUAGAUGCUGCAGAAUCGAUGUCCCAAAGUCCCGUGUAUCAUUGCAAACCUGAUGGGUUUGCCGAGAGUGAUCACCGACUUGAUACUGUUGGUGCUGUAUGUGUCGACAGUCGCCACUGCAUGAGUGCUGGCACAUCGAGUGGUGGAAUUCUACUAAAACUGCCCGGACGCGUUGGUCAGGCUGCUGUGUUUGGAAGUGGUUGUUGGGCAGUUAACCCUAAUGACGAUGACGACCAUUUACCCGGUGUAGCUUGCAGUUCUACUGGCGUCGGUGAGCAGCUUAUAAAAGCUCUGAUGGCAAUGUCGUGUGCAAAGGCAGUUCGGAAAAAUUCACAUAGUCCCGCGGAUGCACUGAAACAUGCUUUUUCGGAUGCUUUUGUGGGACAACGUGACGAUCACUUGAGCCAAGCCGGAGUGGUACUGUUGCAGUAUGACUCUCCAGUAGCAGAACUGCUGUGGAUACACUCCACACAAACAAUGUGCAUUGGUUAUAUGUCCAUUCAAGAUACAAAACCAAAGGCAUUAAUAUCAAAAGGGAAAAAGGGGUCACUGACAAUUGGUGGUGCAGUCAGACGUCUACAACCUUCAUGUCUGCAAUAG